AUGGCACCCAAGAUAUUCCUUACAGGAGGAACAGGCUACAUUGGUGGCUCUGUGUUGCAUACCAUUGCAACCGCCCAUCCCGAAUACAACAUCACUGUCCUCCUCCGCAGGACACCCGAAAACUUCAAAUCCACCUACCCCCACAUCGAUGUCAUCACCGGCGACUACUCAAGCGCCGAUCUCAUCACCUCAGCUGCCGAAAAUGCCGACAUUGUCGUUCACAACGGCGACUCAGACCAUGAACCUAGUCUAAGCGCCAUCAUCACAGGCUUACUCCGCCGCCCAACCCCCGGCUACCUCCUCCACCUCUCCGGUACAGGGAUUGUGUCAGACUGGGCCGACGAGCAGUACCUCGGAAGACUGAAUCCAAAGAUAUGGUCAGAUAUUACUUCCCUGCCUGAAAUCCGUCAACUGCCCCCUGCGGCACUACAUCGCAACACAGAAACCAUUCUCCACGAUACUAUUGCCAAGCACGGUGAUAAGAUCAACAUAGCAAUCAUGUGCCCACCUGAUAUCUACGGCAAAGGCAAAGGACUAGCAAAGACCCAGAGUGCUUUCGUCCCGUUUUUCAUCAAGGAAGUGAAGAACAUUGGCGGUAAAGUGGUUUAUCACAAUCAAGGCACGAACACGAGGAGUUGGGUGCAUGUUGACGAUUUGAUGCGUCUGUAUCUGCAUGUUGUGGAAGCUGCGGCGUCCAACUCGAAGGAUUUCUUCAACGAGAACGGGUACUACUUUGCUAGCACCCAGGAACAUUCUCAGCUUGAUGUUGCGAAAGCGGCAGGAGAGAUCUUACGCAGGCACCGUGUUAUUCAAAACCCAGAACCUGUGCAGAUUGGUCUGGAACAAUUAGACUCCAUGGCUAAUAUCCCCGGGUUCCCCAAAUUGGCCAGGUAUCUGUUUGCGAGCAACUCGCGCACAAGAGCUGAAAGAGCGGACAAAGCUUGGGGAUACAAGGGUAAGGCACCGGGCUUGUUGGAGUGUUUGGAAGCCGAUAUACUAGAUGCUGUACGUAGUUGA